GUGACGCAUCGAGGAGGGUCGCCCUGUGGUCGCCCUACUAAUUUUAUUUGCAAAAUUGUAUGAAUUUCUCGGUUAUUAUUGGCAAUAUUUAGACGAAACUUGCUUUUGAACUAAUAUUUUUACAAUAUAAACGUGAUUUGAUACAUUGAUGUGUUAGAUUUCUAUCGUGAGAGUGAUUUGACUACGUGUGAGCUCAACCGGCAGUAGAUUUCAAGAUGUGGAAAGCAGCAACGGAUGUGGCUGCCCCAGCGCUAGCCGAGGCUGACGAUUGGGAGACCGAUCCAGACUUCGUGAACGAUGUCACCGAGCACGAGCAACGAUGGGGCCCUGGGGGACGGAACGUUGAAGCUAUUGACAUGGCGAAGCUUAGAGAAGAAGUUUUUGAAGCCGAUAAAAUGGAGAAACAGAAGCAGUAUGAGAAAGGACCGAAGCCUUCUUUUGGCUAUGGAGGAAAGUUCGGGGUACAAGCCGAUCGUAUGGACAAAUCGGCUGUGGGCCACGACUACGUCGGCAAAACUGAGAAACACGUCUCCCAAAAAGAUUAUGCUCAAGGUUUUGGCGGCAAAUUCGGCGUGCAAACUGACCGAAUGGAUGCAUCUGCCGUGGGGCAUGACUACGUGGGAACCGUGGACAAGCACGAGUCGCAGACGGACUACUCGCGCGGCUUCGGCGGCAAGUACGGCGUGCAGACUGACCGAGUUGACAAGAGCGCCGCCGGCUGGGAGCAUCGAGAGCAAAUAGAGAAGCACUCCUCUCAAAAGGACUACGCCGCGGGCUUCGGCGGCAAGUUCGGCGUGCAGGCCGACCGCCAGGACGCGAGUGCGCUCGGCUGGGACCACAGGGAAGACGCGCACCACCACCACUCGCAGAAGGAUUACGCCAUCGGCUUCGGCGGCAAGUUCGGCGUGCAGACCGACCGUCAGGAUGCGAGCGCCGUCGGCUGGGACCACCAGGAGAAGACGCCUGCGCACGCCAGCCAGGUCGACCACAAGAAGGGCUUCGGCGGCAAGUUCGGCGUGGAAACCGACCGAGUGGACAAGUCGGCUCACCGUUUCGACGAGGUAGAAAAGGUCGGCACCAACUACACCAAGCAGAAGCCCGAUAUCGGCGGCGCCAAGCCCUCGUCUAUACGCGCCAAGUUUGAAAACAUGGCUAAGGAGAAGGAACAGGAAGCCCUACAGUCAGUGCAGAGGAUAAGACAGCAAAGGGAACAAAUGGACAAGGAUUUAUCGCAAAAGGAAAAAGACCGGCUAGCCAAAGAAAAGGAAUCCGAACCUGAAAUCGAACCAGCACCAGUAGAAAAACUCCCAGAGCCCGCCGAAGUCAAACCACCGCAGCCAAUACUGACACACACACAAGUGGAAACCAAACCAAUACAGACCAAGGUGGAAGAAGACCCGGUGGCCCAGGAGAUCACCAAAGUGAUGGAAGCCAGUGAACCGAAGCAAGCUAAUCUGCCUGACGUCACGCUGGUUGGCGAUAAAGAGCAUAAGGAAGAGAUAACCCGUCAGCCUACGAUAGUGGUGUCCCCUGUCGGUUGGGAAGGCUCUCUCUCGGGCGAAGCGGAGGGCGAGGGCGACGACGAAGAUGGAUACACGGCGCGCGCCCUGUACGACUACCAGGCCGCCGCGCCCGAUGAGAUCUCCUUCGACCCUGAUGACGUCAUCACUAACAUCGUCAUGGUGAGUGAGAUUGUGCCUAGUAUCUAGCCCAACAUCCUGAUGCGUGCGCUUGAUAUUAUUCUAUA